CACUGAAGUGUGUGUUUAGGAAUGCACGCGUUCCAUCUCUUCAUGGAAGUCAUUAGUUCUGUGUGGCUAUAUGGUAAUGUUUACUGUAUAGUGACGUUUACUUCAGUGAUGUAUUUCAGUGUGCAGUAAUGUGAGACUUGUAUUUGGCAGCAGUUGGAGAUGUGGUGACGCGCGCUCAUCUGGAGUCGGUCCAGCAGCUCGUUUGAGUUGAAACAGCUCAAUAUGGACUGUAGGCGGAACCUAGCGGAGGAUCUAAACACGUCGUGCGUCAGCGCUAAAAUCUCCUUUCCGUGAGGGGUCUUUCUAGCGCUUCUUUCUGGAGAAGAACGCCGAUCUACAGGGUUUGUACCGCGCGUUGCGUCGCGUCGCUCUGACUGCAGCUCGGCUCCGCCCACGAUGCGGGGCGUGUCUCUGUGGGCGGGUUCGCGCGCGCUGCUGAUGUGAGGACGCAGGUGACGCGGCGCUUAGCAGCUCCCUUCGGAAGACGCGCAGGAUCGAGACGCGUUGCGCUCGGACGGAUACUGGACAUUACUCCGUACUGAGAUUCCAGUGAAAAGCGAAGGAAUUUGGGAAGAAGGAGAGACGGAGACGCAGGGAGAGCAUUGCGAAGGCCCAAAGAAUGCUGGAAUCUGGAGGCCAGUAGAGUGUUCAUGCCAUGAUUCCUCAUGUCGGAUGAGACAAUUUGGAAGAACAUGGACAAAUGAAUCACAGAUAAAGACUCAACCAUGACCAUCACCUGUGGUCCACAGGAUAGCUGCAUCACGCCUCUCCGUCUCAUUUAGAUACAUCAGCCUGAAGGAAACCUCAGUCCCAAGAAUCACAUUGCUUUGAAAUCUCAAUCCAAAGCUUCUCAAAGAAAACUUAAAUUGGCAACCAAGCUGGGGAUAAAAAGCAGCAAUUCCCAUCUAUCCCUCAUCACCCCUGCCUGCACCGACCAAUGGAGAGACUACAGAUAGAGUCUGGAUAAAGUGGAGACAGGCCAAGAAAGAGCGAGAAAAGGAGUGAACAACGGACCGUCUGGCAGAAGGUACCUGUGCUGAUCUGGCAGCUCUGGGAAUUCAGCUCCUCUGCGAUCGUUCCCAUCUCUCAGGCAAAGUCAAAGAGAAACUCUGCAGUCUGAGACUGCCCCCUCAGCCUCUGCCGAGAGCAGGAUUUUGAGCUUGUAUCAUCAGGGUGGGAGAAAUGAAGUCACGUUGUUGGUUCACUCUCUGGCCCCUGUGGCCGAUGCUGCUAGGGGGACUCUUUCUGUCAGCCGGGGCCCUGGAGUUCGGCGGCGCCCCGGGGCAGUGGGCACGUUACGCCCGUUGGGAGGCCGGCUCGAUUGGGGAGCUCAGUUUUAGCCUCAAGACCAAUGUGAGCAAGGCGCUGGUUCUGUACCUGGAUGACGGCGGGAACUGUGACUUCCUGGAGCUGCUCAUUGGCGGCGGACACCUACAGCUGCGAUUCGCCAUCCACUGCGCCGAACCCGCCACCCUGCAGAUGGAGACUCGCGUCAACGAUGACCGCUGGCACAUGGUACUGCUCACCCGAAACUACCGCGAGACCAUGCUGAUGGUGGACGGGGAAACCAAAGUGGCGGAGGUGCGUUCCAAGCGCAAGGAGAUGGCGGUCGUCAGUGACCUGUUCGUGGGGGGCAUUCCACCGGACAUCCGUCUGUCCGCCCUCACAUCCAGCACGGUCAAAUACGAGCCUCCGUUCAUGGGUUUGAUCUCCAAUCUGAAGGUAGGCGAGAUGCCUCCCACUCUACUCAACAACAACGGCAUUCAUAACGAUCUGGAGUAUCUGUGCAUCAAGCAGAACCCCUGUCUCAACGGGGGACACUGCACCGUCCAGUUCGGCGAGGUCUACUGCGACUGCUCCCACACACGCUUCCGAGGGAAAUACUGCAAAGAAGAAGAGUACGCGGUGGAAGGUCUGGCGCACCUGACGUUAAACAGCCAAGGUAUGGUUCAUUCUGUUUUCCAUUCUUUUAUUUAGUGAGGAAACAGAUCUGUCCGUCUCUCCCCUCCCUCCGUCUUUUGUCCCGAACCCUCCGAACUCUGUCCCUCCCCCCCAUCUUACUGUGUUGCUGUAUUUCCACGCUGUGCGUCCUGAAGAUGACCUCUGACCUCCCAGACACAGGUAACGCUCUUCUGCUCUCGCUCUCUCUGCUGGGGUUGAAAUGCUGCUCUAAUGUCACUCACAGAUGAAGGGUGUGUUUGUGUUCAGAAUGCACAGAGUCUCAAUCUGUGGACAUUCUCAUUGUUUGGCAAUUACUCCCGCUGUUUAUUACGCUCAGCUAGCCUCAGAUCUGCUCAAUGCUAGUAUGACACUCGGUGCUGC